UUUAUUGACAUGUUUCAUUUUGUAAAGCACAUUCAUUACUACAUUACGGUUUUGUUAUAGGAUUAGUUCACCCAAAAAUGACAGUUAUUUAAUUAGUCAUGUCAUUUCAAAUCUGUAUGUUUUUUCUUCUUCUGUGGAACACAAAAGGAGAGAUUAAUAAAUGUACUGGUUUCUCAUUUCCAUUCAAUUUUAAAUUAAAAAGGACUGGACCUUUCAAGCUUUAGAAAUUUAGAGAUUCAAAUGCUCUAUAAAGUGGUCCAUACAAUUUUUGUGCCAUAUUUCAAGUCUUCUGAAGCCAUACGAUAUUAUCUUUGUGUGAGGAACUGUGCAAAAUUUGCUAUUUAUUGAUGAUCUUUCCCUACACUGAGCUCAAGUUAACCACUAUGACCAAGUCAUUGAGUAAACAGGAUGCGAGAACCAGAUCUGUCUGAUUUGUGAACAAAUCAUUCAAAGAUUUGUAAUGUUUCUCAAUUCAGAAGACUCAAAAGAAUAGACUCUCAGCAUGCCAAAGAGAACAAAAGCUUAUUUUCAGUGAGUCACAUCUUACAUUUUCAUAUCGCAUCAAAGAACUGGUGCAAAAUGUUAUAUUGUCUGCUUUUAUAAUACUUUAGGUUUUUGAAGCUCCAGUCCCAGUUCAUUGUGAUUGCAUGAAAAAAGGAGAUCAGCAUAUUAUUGAAAAUUCCUUUUUUUGUUCUCCGUGAAAGAAAGAUAUAUAUAUAGGUUUGGGAAAACAUGAGGGUGAGUACAUUUUUGGAUGAACUAGUCAUUUAAGAAAUUAAUACAAUUAUUAAUCAAAGAGGAAUUUUCCUAAUCUAGUUGUCCAAUAAUCCUGGCAUUGUAUAAUAUAAAUAUUGUUGUCUCCUGGAUGAAUUGCUUUUGUUCCUCUUUUGUAAGUUGCUUUGGAUAAAAGUGUUUGCUAAAUGCAACCAUUUAAAAGUACAUGUAAAAUCAACUUGAAUAAUGAUAAAAAAAUGUGAAGUCUAGAGCAGAAUAGUGACACAUAGCUCUUAUUCUCCUCCUUUCAUUCAUUGUAAUGAAAUUAUAGCUGAAAAAAAGUGAUUCAUCCUUUCAGGCAAAAUUGUGAACAUGUUCAAAUGUCAAGAAGCAUAUGUCUCUCCAGUCAUUUCAGGUUCUGCAGCCUACGCAGUUGCUGCACUGGACAUUUAAUAACCACGUUAACGUGUUUGUUCUAGCACCUUUUUCUUUUGCACUCGUUACGUAAAGUCAAUUCCUGGAGUUUUCCAGAAGCCGAAUAAAUUAAAUUAGGGCUGGGCGGUGUGAUGGUAUAUAACGAUGGUAGAAAUGACUCCCAGCAGGUCAAAGUAUUCCUGUAGGACACUCUGACACAAGGAUGAACCCUCUCCUUCUGCCCAAGGGUUAAAGUCCAUCAGGUGAGAAGACGGUGAGGGGUUUGAAGGAGUUAAACGAGGAUCGUCGAGGCUUCAAGCCCAGCGCUGAUCAGCACUCAGUGAUGCAGGAGGAGGAGGAAGAGGAAGGAGGAGCGAACAGAGCAGCUGAGCCUUUCUGCUUUCAGUCUCUCAUCAGCGUGUGCCAGAGCAGUUUCCUUUGCUGUGCUUCUCUGAGAAACACACACACACCAGAACGCUCUUCAUUACUGGUUGGGGGAGAGUGCUGAAUCCUUUUCUCUCUCUGCUUGGAUCAUGCUGCCCUGGAAAAGGAGUAAGUUUUUGCUGGUGGAGAAUGAGUCCAAAAGCAAGCCAAAAAGUCUUGGAGCCGGGCUGACCUACCAUUCUUUGCUGUCGACUUUGCUUCACUCUUGCCCGGACCUCGUUCCAGACUGCCCAUUCCAGUGGCUGGGAAGUGUCUUCCACAGCAAACGGCAGAAAGUGGAGCUCAAUAAAGAGGAACCCACCUACAAGGUGCGUUACCUGGGCAGCGCGGUCACCAUCAUGGCUAAAGGCGAGGACUGUACGCAGGAGGCGGUGGCCAAGAUUUGGACUCGCAGCAACUACGGCGAACAGAGCGCCAAGAUGAAGCUCACCGUCGGGCCUCACGGCAUUCGCAUGGGGGCGGAUAGAGGUGGCAAAAAGAAGCCCGUUCACCUCUAUUCCCUCAACCGCAUCACAUACUGCACAGCUGACCCCUUUCGCCCCAAGAUUUUUGCUUGGAUUUACAGGCAUCAGGUGAAGAAUAAAGCAGUUGUGCUACGCUGCCAUGCUGUCCUGUUGCCGAAGGCAGAAAAGGCCAGAGCGUUAGCGCUCAGCCUGUACCAAAACUCAACGUCCGCAUUCACGGAGUUCAAGCGGCUAAAGCGCCAAUCCGACUUCCGUCAUUGCCAACAGCAGCUGUUGGGCGAAGACAUUGUGCCUCUUAUGCCUCUUCGGAGACUCCUAAAUGGCCAAUGCCACUACCAGCCACCUACAGAAAAGCCUGGGAGUGCAACACGGCUCUCUUCGAUUACUGAGGAAGAGGAGGAGGAGGAGGAGGACCGACAGGGGGAUGCGCAAUCCAACGCCACCACGACAAACGCCGUAACAUCCGGUCCCCCUCCAGAGAAAGAUCUGGGGAAGAUCGUAAAUAGACUAGACGAGGUUUCGAUUACCAGCUGGGAUGAAGCACAGAUGACUAUCAGCACUCUGGUGUGAGGUCACACGGAUACAGUUUAGCGCCCUCACCUUUGAGCCUCUGUCCUGUCGCCUUUCCUGCCAACCCACUCUGUCUGGUACGUCCAUUGAUGCACCGUGAAACAGCCCUCCAAAACUCGGGGUAAGGACCGUUGGCACUCGCGAAUGCUGCCUGCAGAGGAAGCGUUCCAUGAGAUGCAUGGAGAGGGAGAGCAAGUACAAGCACAAUACAAGGAGGACCACAGGUACACCAAUCAUUCGGAGUUGGUCGAGAGCUUACACCGAAAAGCCUUUAUCUACCCCCGACAUCGAGCAAAGCUUAAACUGCUCACCCAAAGACAAUAAAGCAUUCAUCUCGUACUCAAGCCACCAAGUGAUUUUUUUUUUUUUUUGGUUGAGUACUUGCCAAGUGCUUUAGACUGAUGGACUAUAAGAAGGAUCCUUAAAAUGUGACUUUUUGUACGGCCAGUCUGUCUUUUGAUGUUCGUAACUGUCCCCCGGUGACCUCUCUCUACAGGCUCAGCUUCAAUGGGAUGCGGUUAAAGCUGGUUUAUUGGCACUGGGAGCAGCACUAAUGAAUUAAACCAUAACUUAGGAAUCGAGCCAUUGACUUGACAUGUUUACUGCUACCAUUCGUCAUAGCUCUGCUAAUCAGUAAUGCAUAACAAGUGGAGGCAUCACCUGUGAUGUUUGAGAUGGGCCUUUUAAAAUGUUUUUAAAUGGUAUCAAUUUUACACUGUGAUUUGUCUGGGACCAAUGGCAGCAACGUAUCUUGUGUUUAUAUAAAAGAGCAUUUGUAAUUUAUGCUGAAUUUGUGUUGGUGUAAUGUGGUAGUCAUAAAAACUCAUUUUUAUGCCGUUCACAUGAAGGUCGUAGCUUCCAUCUGUCAACCCUGGCAUGUGUUUUGUAAUUUCAGUGCAACGUAUUAAUCUUCUGGAAACUGAUUGGGGAAAACGGUGAAACAUUUUUCUAAUACUAACAUCUUUUUCUGCACAAUGGAACACUGUCAGUGUGAAAAAUUGCAUAAUAAAAAUGUUUGCUUAUAUUAAUUAUGAA